GACCUGUUUUGUGUUAAGGGUUUUACAUUCUCAAUGAAAAUGUUACUUUUAUUGUCAUAAUCAACAGUAAUGGAUCCACAAUACCUUAGAGAGUGGCGUCGACUAAGGGACCGAGUUGAUGCUCUUGCUGCAUCCAGUAGCAGCUUGAAUGAGUAUCUAGAUGUGCAAGGAGAUGUUUCUGGGGAGGAUACAUUGACACAAGAACAUUUGUCUGAGGAGGGUCCUUUUUUGGAAGUAGAUGCUGAAGAGGGUCCAUCAACUGUGGAUGAUACAGUUGUUCAUGAUACUGACUAUGGUUACAAGGAAACUGUUGAUUCCAGUGACUCUAAUACAGACCUUGAACCUUCAGAUUCAGACGACCCGCCAUCAUUAAGUAAAGAUUUGGCUGAAUGGGCAACAACAACAAAUCAAACGCAUGCUGCGCUAAAAGGGCUUCUUGGAAUUUUGAGAAGACAUGGACAUACACUUCCAAAAGACAGCAGAACAAAAGACAGCAGAAGUAAAAAAUAUUUGUGGUGGUCAGUACACAUACUAUUGCUUAGAGCUGGGAAUUCUCCAAUACCUUUCCCAUAACUCGUCAUUUACAGGCAGUAUAGACCUUACAAUAAACAUUGACGGUCUGCCUAUAUUCAAGUCCAGUAAAACCCAUUUUUGGCCAAUUCUUGCAAAAUUUGAUAAUGCUGAUCCGUUUCUGGUUGCUCUGUAUUAUGGCAAUAGCAAGCCUGACCCAAUUCAUGAAUAUCUCAGUGAUUUAAUAGCAGAAUUGCAGCAUCUUAUGCAAAAUGGUGUCUCAAACAAAACCAUAGUGCAUAAGGUAACACUGCGUGCAUUUGUAUGUGAUGCUCCAGCAAGAGCAUAUCUAAAGUGCAUCAAAAGCCAUAAUGCUUUGCAUGGAUGUGAGCGUUGUCUGUCACUGGGCACUUCAGUUGAGGGAAGAGUUGUCCACUUAGAUAAAGGAUCUUGUGAGAAACUCACUGAUGAGAAAUUCAGUUGUUUGCAGUAUCCAAAUCAUCAGAAGGAACUUACACCUCUAGCCAAACUAGGAAUCGGAUGCGUCACACAGUUUCCUCUUGACCACAUGCAUCUUGUUUUUCUUGGAGCUGUAAAAAGAUUACUCAUCUUUUUUUUGCGAGGCCCAGUAGUUUGCAGGUUGCAAAAGGGGCAGAGUGAAAAAAUCUCUGAGACAUUGGUACAUCUGAAAGGUGCUAUGCCGGCAGAGUUUGCCAGGCAGCCUAGAUCAUUGACUGAACUUGAUCGCUGGAAAGCAACAGAACUGCAGCAAUUUCUGUUGUAUACAGGACCACUUGUGUUGAAGGAUGUUCUGUCUCCGGACCAUUAUCAUCACUUCUUGUCAUUAACAGUUGGAAUGUCCAUUCUUUUAGAUGAGAAUGAUGCCCGAAGAGGACACUACCAGGAAUAUGCCCAAAACCUGCUGGAGCACUUUGUGGAUACCAGUUCUGAACUCUAUGGGGACACUUUCACAACAUACAACAUCCAUUCGAUCAAACACAUUGCUGACCAUGUUUUUAACUUUAAUUGCUCAUUAAAUCAGUUGUCCUGCUUUCCGUUUGAGAACCACUUUCAGUCCAUAAAAAAAUUGGUUCGAAAUAGCAAAAAUCCAGUGGCUCGGGUUACUAAAAGAUUGUCAGAAAAGGCAAACACACAGCAACACCCGAACCAACAGAGGUGCAAACCGUACUCCAUAUCGACCAAGGCACCAAAUAACUGCUUCAUGUUAGAAUCCGAGCACAUUGUCUUUGUGAGAGAAAAAGCGGCUAAAUGGAAUGUUGGUUGUGGAUGUUAUUGACCCAGAGGUCACAAGGCAGCUAUUUGAUCUACCCUGCGAGUCAACGAUGAUUAACAUUGUGUACGUGGAGAGCAGUGACCUAAGCCGAAUGAAGAGGAAGCUUCUGGAGACAGUGGAUCUGCAUAAGAAGGCUGUGUGCUUACCACAUGCACAGGGAUUUUCCAUAUUCCCACUCCUUCAUGACUUUAAGGAUUAAUUGAUGAUUGUUCCUAUUUUGCCAUUAUGUCUCAAGGACUGAGACAUGCUCCCAAAAAAAUAACGAUAUGAGGAGUAUGUCCAAGAUAAUUACAUUAUUCAUCUUUCAGUUUCCACUGCAACUUUGUUUAUGCA